AUGGACUCUGCCGGGCUGGAUGGCAGCGGCCACAGCUGGGAGAGCAGCCCCCACUCCCAGCGGCCAUGCAGGGCCUGUCAUUGGGAGCCGAGCUGCCACUUUGCUCACAACAGAAAGAUGUCCCAGGUCUGCAGAUACUUCCAGCAAGGCUUUUGCUUCCGUGGAGAUCGGUGCGGCUAUCAGCACCCGAAGCCCCCCAGCCCCCUGGAGUGGGGCCGCCGGCAUUCUGAGUCACUCGUCACCCUGUCCGGGCCCCGCCCAGGACUGACCCGCAGGGGAUCCGAGCCCACCUGCCUGCCCUCUGCAGCUGUGAGCUGGGCCUGGGCCAGGGCCGGCUGGGGCCCGGAGCCUGCCCUGGAGGGGCCAGCCAGCAAGGCUGAGCAGGCUGGUGGCAGUUCCUGGAAGUCCCUGUCUUUAUCAUCUGCUAAGGGGGAUCACAGCCACUCCCAGGAGUGUCAGCCAGAGUCAGACCUUGUCCAGGAGCUCGUGGCCCCGCUUCAGAGCCUGGACCUGCAGGGGAAGCAGGACAGUCAGGAUGUGGUAUGCGGCAUCUGCAUGGACAAAGUGUGGGACAAGCCAGAGGCCGAGCGGGUGUUCGGCAUCCUGCCCAACUGCACCCACGCCCACUGCCUGGGCUGUCUGCGCACCUGGCGGAAGAACCGGCAGGACUUCCCGCUGGAUGUCGUCAAGGCCUGUCCCCAGUGCCGUGUCCAUUCCAGCUACAUCAUCCCCCACAAGUUCUGGGUGAGCAAGGGGGCUGAGAAGGAGAAGCUCAUCAGGAACUUCAAGGCUCGGACCAGCCAGAUCCGAUGCCGGUUCUUUAUUCGGGGGAAUGGCCGCUGCCCCUUCAAAUCCGACUGCAUCUACCUGCACCAGCUCCCAGCUAAGGCCCUGACCUCUGGUCCUCCCUUGCCCAAGAGUGUGCAACUGGCCUCUGGGAGUGAGGCGCUGGGCCCAGCAUCAUUCCUAGGAGGCACCGAGCCUGAGGAUGAUGUGUUCUUCACAGACUGUGCCCCGGCCAUGGCCUUCUGGGGUUCAGAACUGCUGCUGGAUCCCAACAGUUCUUACUGUGGCCUUCUGUAACCAGGAUCAACUUGAGGGAGAUGGGGGUGAGGGGAGCGGGUUGCUAGGUGGUAAGUCUUUCCCUUCUUGGGCUUGGUGGGGGCAUAAGUAGCAAGCCCUCUACCCCCAUGAACUGCAUCAGAGACACAGCUGGGGACAUGGGGAGUGGCGGAGGGCUCCUGGAAUGAGGAAGCGUUUGCACUGUCUUGCCAGGGCCUUGGUUUUUGACUUUGCUGUUUUGUAGGAUUCUGAAAGAAAACCAAUAAAAUGCACCUAAGCUA